UGCGGUGUAGCAUUGCUGUUGCCGGGGAGGUAAGAAGGUGGAGGCGGAGUAAAGUCUGUUGGGACGGACUGUGGCAGACAGAGGACGCAGAUGUCACAUGCUGGAUGAGCGGUGCCUCGAAGCUGGAGGAAUUGAGCUUGAAGAACAUAUUUCAUCAAAUGGGAAACUAUUUUGCAAAAAAUAGCGAGAGAGCCGUUAUUGUUAUAAACUAAAAGCUUUUAAAGUUGUGGUCCGCGCGGACGCACCGUUUGGAGCACUGGGGCAGUUCGGUCAUUGGAAUUACGUUACCGGGGAGACGGUAGUUACGACGACGGGUCACUCGAAAUACUUGCGGCCAAUCAUUUUUAAGAGUUAAAGCCAUACCAAAUCAUAAAACCACCAGGACAAUUAAAUCUAGCAACUGGAGUUGAGGAGGUCAUCGUAAGAAGACGAGGAUCGAAGCAGCAUGGUCACCACAAAGGGAGCGGGUCUGAACCCCAAUGCUAAAGUUUGGCAGGAGAUUCCUGCCCACCAGAAUGACAUCCCAGAGGAGACGGAGAAUUCUCCUUGGCUGCCGACCUACCCCCCUCCUGCUGAGAUGGCCGACGGUUACUCAGACGUCCCCUCUUCAGGGGGAAAAGGACACAACGCUGAAUAUCCUGACAGCACUGCUGACUAUGCACCUGUACUUGCAAAGGGCAUUGUGAAUGGCGUUGACCAACCUGACAUAGGGUAUUUACUCUUUGACCCGCAAUGCGAGUCAGCCAUAGAGGGUAAUGCUUCUAAGGAACAACCAAUAUCUGAGGAGAGCCUGAGAGAGUCAUUGAAGAAACAGCUUGAGUUCUGCUUUUCUAGAGAGAACCUGUCUAAGGACCUGUACCUGAUAUCCCAGAUGGACAGUGAUCAGUUUGUUCCCAUCUGGACCAUUGCUUGCAUGGAGGACAUCAAAGCCCUCACCACUGACAUAGACCUCAUUCUGGAUAUACUGCGAGCCUCUCCCAUGGUGCAAGUUGAUGAAACUGGAGAGAAGGUUCGGCCAAACCACAGUCGCUGCAUCAUUAUUCUGAGAGAGGUGCCAGAGACUACACCAGUUGAGGAAGUGGAGGCUCUUUUUGAGAGUGAAAACUGCCCCAUAGUGUUAAGCACAGAGUUUGCACACAACAGCAACUGGUACAUAACAUUUCAGUCAGAUAUGGAUGCACAACAGGCCUACAGAUACCUAAGAGAAGAAGUGAAAAUGUUCCAGGGAAAACCAAUUAUGGCCCGCAUUAAGGCCAUUAACACAUUCUUUGGUAAGAAUGGCUUUCGCAGUGUGGACUCAAGUGUGUACAGUCAGCAUGCCCAAACACCGGCUCAGUAUGGCUCCCCAGUCUACAUACAGCAGGCGUACAGCCCUCAGCAGCAGUACCCUGUAUAUCCGGUGGUGUCUCCCUCCUGGAACCCGUCCGUCACACCUUACUUUGAAACACCACUGGCACCUUUCCCGCACAGCGGAUUUAUAAAUGGUUACAGAAGUCCUGGGAACUACAAAGCAAACUCAAGCUCCAUCAACACCCGACCCAUGAGUGGGAACCGAAACCAUGUUAAGGGUCACCCUAGGCCCGGAGGCAUGCCCCCUUCUUCUUUGGCUCCGGUGACCCUGAUGGACAGCUUGUCUGGUCCCCUGAGUCCACAGCCCCUUCAGACAUCAGGGACGCCGACUUGCACCACUUCAGCGACGGCUCCUCUACCCUCCUUCGGCCUUAAAGACCCUUCUCCACAGGCCGUCUUAUCCAGUGGAUAUCUAAGUGGGGCUGCACGGGCCAGGAGAGGGAGCCACAGAGGCAUGAGGAGGAAAAGAGAAGAUGAACACACCAUGAGGCCUGUCCCUUUGAUGGAGACCAAGGUACCACCUCCACCAAAGUUUGACCUGGCAGCUUCCAAUUUUCCUCCUUUGCCGGGAUCUGUUGUCAGUAUGCGGGGAGAAAGUAUGCCAGAAGUACGCCUUUCAGAUGUUGUGCGUGGCCUAAAGGUGACCAACAAGCAUGUGAGCCAAGAGGUUAACGAGACCCAAAACACAAACAUCUCUGAAGACGCUGGAAGGAAACCAGAUUCUGCAACCCGUGUUGCUACACUUGCUCCUGUGACACCGCUCACAGUGGCACCACCAGUCUUAAGGUAUUCUCCCCCAAUAAAGGAAGAGGUUAAAGCUGAACCUCCUAUUCCAAAGAAAGAAAUCUCCUUGUCCUCGCAGGCUGCCCCCCCAACAGCCACUGAACCUGCUCCGUCCACCUGCAGCCAGUCUGUUCCUACAGAAGCACCUUCCCCAUCUCCCCCAACUCCAACAUCUGAGCUGGUGGCAAGAAAGCUCAGUUAUGCAGAGGUGUGCCAGCGGCUGGCCAAGGAGCCGCCAGCGGCACAGACGCCCUCUCCAUCCCCCCCCGCCUCCUCAGCCAGCCAACCCCUGCAAGAGCUUAAGGUCAACAGGGUUAAGGAGCCACGGCCCAACUUCAGGCGUUAUACAGACAAACCAGAGAAACCCGGAGACAGCCGCCUGCCUCGUCAACCAUUACGCUCCUUUAGAGGGGCAAAUGGCCAAGUCAGAUCCGGAGGGCUGAAGGUUCGGGAGCAUCAGAGAGGACUAAAUCCUGGCAAGCCAUUUUCCCCACACCGGGGAGCCAGACGCAGUGGCAAAGAGCAGAAUAUUCCCCCGAGGGAACCCAAAUAAAAA